AUGCCAAAUAAUCGGUGCUGUAAUCAAGUACUGGUUGAUAACGGGGUAAAGUGUUUUUAUAAUUUUCGAGGAAAUUUUUGCUAUUCAGAGUUCGUAAUGGGUUGUUUGUUUUCAAAGGAGAGAAGAUCAGGCGGAAGUGAAGUGGGAUUGUCAGAUCGGAUAGAUGCCUCCAGGUAUCCAAUCGGCUUGUAGCUCAAUCCUAAAUGUCCUUCUAUAGAUUCACUGUUCCGCCGCAACAAACAGUUUUUCACGUAAACAAUGGAGGGAACGAAGGAACAGUAUCCAUGACUGGGAACAGUGAUGCUGGACUUAGUGGAAGACCGACAGGUAAAGUAAAAAAUAAAAUAACUGGAUACCAAUUUUCUUUUUCUCAGAACGAGACACCCUUGUUGCACUAUACCCAUAUGACUCAAGAGCGGACGGGGAUCUCAGCUUCCAGAAAGGCGAUGUGAUGUUCUUGUUAGACCACAGUAACUGCGACUGGUGGUAUGUUCGGCAUCAACGAACUGGACAAACGGGAUAUGUUCCACGAAACUUUGUCGCAAGACAACAGACAAUUGAAAGCGAAGAGUAGGUUCAUAUUUUGAAGGCAGUUAUACCGAGUGCAUCAGUUUUGCAGGUGGUAUGCUGGAAAAAUUCCAAGAAAUCGAGCAGAACGCCUUGUCCUUUCUUCGAAUUUACCCAAGGGAACCUUUCUGAUCCGAGAAAGAGAAGCAGAUACGCGAGAGUUUGCUCUUACAAUUAGAGAUGCAGACGAUUCGAGAAGUGGUGGUAAGAAUCAUAAAGAAAUUCAAUUUCCCUCCCAAAUCUCCGUUUUUUCCAGGUACAGUGAAGCAUUACAAAAUCAAAAGGCUGGAUCAUGAUCAAGGAUACUUCAUCACUACUCGGAGAACAUUCAGAUCGCUUCAAGACCUCGUCAGAUAUUACUCUGACAUGGCGGACGGACUCUGCUGUCAGCUGACUUUCCCUGCCCCACGGCUUGCUCCGACUCGACCAGAUUUGUCCCACGAUACUCAAAACAACUGGGAAAUCCCUCGGAAUCAAUUGCACUUGAAGCGAAAGCUGGGCGACGGAAACUUCGGAGAAGUCUGGUAUGGAAAGUGGAGAGGAAUAGUUGAAGUUGCAAUAAAAACUAUGAAACCUGGAACAAUGUCCCCUGAAGCAUUCCUUCAGUAAGUUCCAAUAUGAGAGGCUCGCUCAAAUAAUUGUUUUGUAGAGAAGCACAGAUAAUGAAACAAUGUGACCAUCCGAACCUCGUUAAAUUGUAUGCUGUUUGCACCAGAGAAGAGCCAUUCUACAUUAUCACAGAGUAUAUGGUCAAUGGCUCCCUUCUUCAUUACCUCCGAAAUGAUGGAAGCACUCUCGGCAUACAGGCUCUGGUCGACAUGGCUGCACAGAUAGCAAACGGCAUGAUGUACCUGGAAGAGCGAAAAUUGGUGCAUCGAGAUCUUGCAGCUAGAAAUGUACUAGUCGGAGAUAAAAUUUCUGGUGUUCCCGUUGUGAAAGUAGCUGACUUCGGUCUUGCACGAAAACUAAUGGAAGAAGAUAUUUACGAAGCUCGUACAGGAGCCAAGUUCCCAAUCAAAUGGACCGCUCCCGAGGCAGCAACGUGUGGAAAUUUCACUGUUAAAAGUGACGUGUGGUCGUACGGAAUUCUUUUGUAUGAGAUCAUGACAAAAGGGCAGGUUCCAUAUCCAGGUAAUAUUCUCGUUUCUACAUAAUUUUUUGAACAAAUUAAUUGUUUCAGGAAUGCAUAAUCGGGAAGUUGUUGAGCAAGUCGAGCUGGGUUACCGCAUGCCAAUGCCGCGCGGCUGCCCUGAACAAAUUUAUGAGGAAGUCAUGCUGAAGUGUUGGGAUAAGAAUCCGGAGCGUCGGCCUACAUUCGACACACUUUAUCAUUUCUUCGAUGAUUACUUCGUGUCAACUCAGCCGAACUAUGCACCACCAAGCGCAUGA